AGAAAGCGCCUAUGAAUUAAUAACCUUCAAAAUACUGAACUGCUGUCUGCAAGUGGCAGUAACAGCAGGCAGCUUGUUGUGGAGGAACAUCCAGAGUUUCAGUGUCUGACAGGACAGAAGGGUAGAUGCCCACACCUGACCUCAAAUUAAAGCCAAUAUGGCACCUGUUGGUGCCUCAGCGCUUUCUUUCUCGUUCAGUUUCGACAGGUGUUAUGUCAAAACUCCUUGUAUACUCUGCAUAAUGUAGCUUUGGCUGCAUUCUUGCUACUUCCUCAUGCGGUGCAAAAUAAACAGCAAAUGUUGUCAAGUCCUGGACAAUCUGAAGUAGACAACAAGCCAAACGCGUGUCAGAUUAGUGAGUAUGUGAAGGCUGGUCCACGGUGUGCAGCCGGAGACGUGGAUCCCCGUGCCUAUUGGUCUGAUGGAAACGUGGUGCGGAGAGCGGGGCUCCACGCGCUAUAAAAGCAGCGCGUGAGGGAGCGGAGCGGAGCGUUUCGGAGCGGACUGUUCCAGCUGGCCGGCCGGGUGCGCUUCACAGAUUACGGAGAUCCUCACACGGACGCACACAGCGCAGCCAUGAGUGAGAGACAAGCAUCAGGAGCAACGACUGAAAACAACAAACCAUCUGCUGGCCAAGGGCUUCAAGGUCAGCAAAAGGUUCCAGCUAAAAAUGAAAAGAAGAACAACCUCCCCCAGGACUUUGACAUCGACAUGGAAAACCCGGAGACUGAGAAGGCCGCCGUGGCCAUCCAGUCGCAGUUCAGGAAAUUCCAGAAGAAGAAGCAGGAUGCUAAGUCUUAGAGGGGGUGCUGUCAGCUGGGUCAUUGCUUGAUAUGGGCCUGGUCUUGCAUGUCAAUCAAACUGCACCAUCAAGAACUGAGAAGGGAGGGUGGGGUUAGGAUUCUUGAAAGUGGAGAUGGGGGGGGUGGGGUGGUCAGGGGCUAAAUUGUAUCUUUGUGAAAGUGUGUGUGUGUAAGUACUAGGAUAUAGUGACUAUUAUAUACAAAAAUGAUACAUUAUCAAAUUCUGGGUGUCUGUAUUUAAAUCUUUCCUAUAAUUUUGUUAUUUCUGAUUUUUUAUUUUUAUUUUUUACUUCAAUUAGUUGUAGUAGCUGCAGUAGAGCUUUUAUAUUUUUUUUUAUGUCACAUUCAGUGUAUUAUACCCAUAUUAACAACAAACUAAAAAAGCUCUUCUCAUAGAUUGUCAGUGAUUAUCUUUAAUUCAGGGGGAAUAUUAAGCCACAUGUCCUGCUGUGAUUGGCGCUUCAGCUGGGUCGUGACUUCAUCGACAGUCUUAGCAAGGCAUAACAAUCAAAAGAUCUUUCAGCUCUUCUGGAAGUCUGUUAAUGGCAUUUGGGUAAAAUGGUCCCAUACGGUUGCCAGACUGCUGCUUUUAAAAUCGAAUCAGUGUCAAAUUUUUAUUUCCACUCUGGGUGUCUCACCUCCAUCCAUCCUCCGCCUUUUCACCUGAUGACAUGAACCUCUCUGAGUUGUAUCUCUCCGUAGAGACUAUAGAUGCUGUACUUGUGAUGAUUUGAUCCCAGCUGUGUUUCUGUCCUUGUUCCUGUUCAAAUGUAGUUUAAAUAAUGUUAUUGUUCAUUUGGCUCACACAUGUAUACUGUACAAGCACACACAAAUUAUGCAUGCAAGAUACGAGCUUGCACAGAGACGCACACACACAAACACACACAUACACACACAUAUACGCAUAUAUAGAGAAAUAAAGAAAAAUUUUGGAAAUGA